GUGAGAAUGUCGUACAGGGUGACUGAACCCUGAAACAGAGUGAAUUAGCUGGUGGAAUCUGUUGUGGAGUUUCUCCUGACUGUUGGGAACAGGCACACGAGCAAAAGACUGGGAGCAAUGUGCUGGAAGAACUCAGCAGAUUGUGCACCAUCAGUGCGGACUCAACCUGUAAAUUAACCUUGCACGAGGACUCCUAAGUCCCUCUACACUUCUGCGGUACAGAGGAGAUGUCAGGGAUGCUUCAGCUGCGAUUUAUCAAAGGGGGCUGCAGCCUCCUGAGGGUCAAACGGAUCACCGUACUCAGUGCUGCUCUUCAGAGCAAUCACAACGUGGACUACAAGCCCAUCAAGAAAGUGAUGGUGGCCAACAGGGGUGAGAUUGCCAUCAGGGUCUUCCGAGCUUGCACUGAGCUAGGUAUCCGGACCGUGGCGGUCUACUCUGAGCAGGACACCGGGCAGAUGCAUCGGCAGAAGGCCGACGAGGCCUACCUGAUUGGGAAAGGACUGCCCCCUGUUCAAGCCUACUUGCACAUCCCAGACAUCAUUAAGGUGGCCAAGGAAAACGAAGUGGACGCGAUUCACCCGGGCUACGGUUUCCUGUCGGAGAGGGCGGACUUUGCUCAGGCCUGCGUGGACGCUGGAGUGCGUUUCAUUGGGCCUUCCCCCGAGGUGGUGCGGAAAAUGGGCGACAAAGUGGAGGCUCGUGCCAUUGCCAUUGAAGCCGGUGUUCCAGUUGUACCAGGAUCCUCAGCACCUAUAACAUCUCUGACCGAAGCCCAGGAGUUUGCCGACACAUAUGACUACCCGAUCAUGUUCAAAGCUGCUUACGGAGGCGGUGGCAGAGGGAUGAGAGUCGUUCGGGACUACGAGGAGCUGGAGGAGAACUACCAGCGAGCUUACUCCGAGGCUCUGUCUGCUUUUGGAAAUGGAGCGCUGUUCAUUGAGAGGUUCAUUGAGAGACCGAGACACAUUGAAGUACAGAUACUCGGUGAUAAGUACGGGAACGUGAUCCACCUGUACGAGAGGGACUGCUCCAUUCAGCGGCGCCACCAGAAGGUAGUGGAGAUUGCACCUGCUGCCCAGCUGGACCAACAGCUGAGGGACCGGCUCACCUCCGAUGCCGUCAAACUGGCCAAACGGGUGGGCUACGAAAAUGCCGGCACGGUGGAAUUUCUAAUCGAUAAGCACGGCAAGCACUUUUUCAUCGAGGUCAACUCCAGGCUUCAAGUAGAGCACACUGUUACUGAAGAAAUUACUGACGUUGACCUUGUCCACGCCCAAGUGCACAUCACUGAAGGCAGGAGCUUACCGGACCUGGGUCUGAAGCAGGAAAGCAUUCGAAUCAACGGCUGUGCCAUUCAGUGCAGAGUGACUACCGAGGACCCAGCACGAGGCUUCCAACCUGACACCGGUCGUAUCGAGGUUUUCCGCAGCGGAGAAGGGAUGGGGAUUCGCUUGGACAUCGCCUCCGCGUUUCAGGGAGCAGUGAUCUCACCACAUUACGACUCGCUGCUGGUCAAGGUCAUCGCCCACGGCAAAGAUCACCCCACCGCUGCCUCCAAGUUGAACCGAGCCCUUGCUGAAUUCAGGAUACGAGGGGUCAAGACGAAUAUCCCGUUCCUGCAGAACGUUCUGAGCAACGAUCAGUUUCUCUACGGCACCGUGGAUACUCAGUUCAUCGAUGAAAACCCCGACCUGAUACUGCUGAGGCCCGUUCAGAACCGGGCCCAGAAGCUGCUGCACUACCUGGGCCAUGUGAUGGUGAACGGGCCAGUGACUCCAAUCCCAGUCAAGGCGAAACCCUCUGCUGUGGACGCCGUUGUCCCCCAGGUCCCUCUGGGUGGUCCACCGGCCGGUUUCCGCGACAUUCUGCUGAGGGAGGGUCCUGAGGGCUACGCGAAGGCAGUCCGGAACCACAAGGGGCUUCUCCUGACGGACACCACCUUCCGAGAUGCGCACCAGUCGCUCCUGGCAACCCGGGUCCGUACACACGACCUGAAGCUCAUCUCCCCCUUCGUAGCUCACAACCUGCACCAGCUCUUCAGCAUUGAGAACUGGGGAGGUGCGACCUUCGACGUGGCGAUGCGCUUCCUGUACGAGUGUCCCUGGAGACGGCUGCAAGAGAUGCGAGAGCUCAUUCCCAACGUCCCGUUCCAGAUGCUGCUGCGGGGAGCCAACGCCGUCGGCUACACCAACUACGCCGACAACGCCGUCUACAAGUUCUGUGAGGUGGCAAAGGAGAAUGGGAUGGACAUUUUCCGUGUCUUCGACUCCCUGAACUACCUGCCCAAUAUGAUCCUGGGCAUGGAGGCAGCGGGCAGUGCCGGUGGUGUCGUGGAGGCUGCCAUCUCCUACACCGGCGACGUCUGUGACCCCAGCAGGACUAAGUACUCGCUGCACUACUACCUGAAGCUGGCCGACGAGCUGGUGACAGCGGGCACACACAUCCUUUGCAUCAAGGACAUGGCGGGGCUGCUGAAACCGAAUUCGGCUAAGCUGAUGGUGGGAGCGCUACGGGACCGCUUCCCGGAUGUCCCACUGCACAUCCAUACACACGACACGGCCGGGGCAGGCGUGGCCUCCAUGCUGGCGGCGGCCGAGGCGGGGGCCGAUGUGGUGGACGUCGCCGUAGACUCCAUGUCGGGCAUGACCUCCCAGCCCAGCAUGGGGGCUGUGGUCGCCUGUACCAAGGGUACAGAGCUGGAAACAGGCAUCAACCUGGAGAACGUCAGUGACUACAGUGAGUACUGGGAGGUGACCCGGCAGCUCUACGCACCAUUCGACUGCACGGCCACCAUGAAGUCCGGCAACUCGGACAUCUACGAGAACGAGAUUCCUGGCGGACAGUACACCAACCUCCACUUCCAGGCCCACAGCAUGGGGCUGGGCAACAAGUUCAAGGCCGUCAAGAAGGCCUACACCGAGGCCAACAAGCUGCUGGGAGACUUGAUAAAGGUCACACCGUCGUCAAAGAUCGUGGGCGACCUGGCCCAGUUCAUGGUGCAGAACAACCUCAGCCGAGAGGACGUGGAGACUGAGGCCGAGGAGCUGUCCUUCCCACAGUCCGUGGUGGAGUUCCUGCAGGGAUACAUCGGCAUUCCUCACGGGGGCUUUCCCGAGCCCUUUCGCUCCAAGGUGCUGAAAGACCUGCCUCGGAUCGAGGGCCGGCCGGGGACCUCUCUCUCCCCGCUGGACUUCGAGAGGCUGGAGCAGGAGCUGCAGGCGCGGCACGAGGACGAGAUCACGCCCGAGGACGUGAUGUCCGCCGCCAUGUACCCCAAAGUCUUUGACGAGUACAAGGAGUUCACGGCGCAGUUCGGGCCGGUGGAGUGUCUCAACACUCGCCUCUUCCUGGAGGGGCCAAAGAUCGCCGAGGUGUUCCAGGUGCAGCUGGAGAGGGGAAAAACCCUUCACAUCAAGGCACUGGCCCUGGGAGACCUCAACGUGGCAGGACAGAGGGAGGUCUUCUUUGAGAUGAAUGGCCAACUUCGCUCUGUCCUGGUCAAAGACACACAAGCUAUGAAGGAGAUGCACUUUCACCCCAAGGCGCUGAAGGACGCGAAGGGUCAGAUCGGCGCGCCGAUGCCCGGCAAGGUGAUUGACAUCAAGGUGAAGGAAGGCAGCCAGGUGGAGAAAGGGAGACAGCUGUGCGUACUCAGCGCCAUGAAGAUGGAAACGGUGGUCAACGCGCCCAUGUCCGGCACAGUGAAGAAGAUCUACGUCACCCGGGACAUGCACGUGGAGGGGGAUGACCUCAUCCUCGAAAUGGAGUAACGGGGCCCGGCCCACCUCGACACACCGAAUACUCUCAAAGACCCCCCGGUCAUCCCCGUGCUCCCACUGUCCAUUCCGCAAACUCCCAACACUCCACUCCACACCUUCCACCCUACCUCAAAACGCUCUCCCCACCCCACUCCCCCUUCCUGCCCAGCCUUGUCCACACCCCUCCGCUUCGCAAACCCCUCACCCCCUCCAUUUCUCAAACCCCCACCCUCUCCUCUUCUCAAACCCCCACCCCCUCCACUUCUCAAACCCCUCACCCCCUCCUCUUCUCAAACCCUCACCCCUCCACUUCUCAAACCCCCACCCCCUCCACUUCUCAAACCCCACCCUCUCCACUUCUCAAACCCCCACCCUCUCCGCUUCGCAAACCCCUCACCCCCUCCAUUUCUCAAACCCCCACCCUCUCCUCUUCUCAAACCCCCACCCCCUCCACUUCUCAAACCCCUCACCCCCUCCUCUUCUCAAACCCUCACCCCC